AUGCACAUGACACGCUAUCAGAUUUCUUACCCUGUGAACUGCUCCAGUAGUUAUCCAAGCAAUGAGCACGCAGUCACAGGAGGUCCCCGGGAGCCACGCCCGGCCAGGGGCGGGCCCGCGCCUGCGCCCUCUGCCCUGCAUGCUUCCCUGGAACACACCCCUCCGGACCCGCUGACCCUCGGUCGCUCACUGCGGCUCCUGCUGCCUCGGUCCACUUUCCACGCUACUUUCUCCAGCUGCUACGCAGCCAUGUCCUGCACCCGCGUGGCGCUGGUGCAGCAGCUGCAGGCCGAGGGGCUGAGCCCGCGCUUCCACCAGCUGGACCUGGACGACCUGCAGAGCAUCCGAGCGCUGCGCGACUUCCUGCGCAGGGAGUACGGGGGCCUCGACGUGCUGGUCAACAACGCGGGCAUCGCCUUCAAGAAGGCAGAUCCGACACCCUUUCAUAUUCAAGCAGAAAAAACCAUGAAAACAAACUUUUUUGGUACCAGGGAUGUCAGCACGGAGCUGCUCCCUCUAAUAAGACCCCAAGGCAGAGUGGUGAACGUGUCAAGCUCACUGAGUCUCGGAGCCCUUAAGAAGUGCAGCCCAGAGCUGCAGCAGAAGUUUCGAAGUGAGACCAUCACGGAGGAGGAGCUGGCGGGGCUCAUGAACAAGUUCGUGGAAGAUGUAAGCACUGGGGUGCAGGAGAAGGAAGGCUGGCCCAACUCUACAUACGAAGUGUCUAAGAUCGGUGUCACAGUUCUGUCCAGAAUCCACGCCCGGAAACUGAGCAAGGAGAGGAGCAGGGACAAGAUCCUGCUCAAUGCCUGUUGCCCAGGAUGGGUGAGAACGGACAUGGUGGGACCCUCGGCCCCCAAAAGCCCAGAAGAAGGAGCUGAGACCCCUGUGUACUUGGCCUUGUUACCCCCAGACUCUGGGGGGCCUCAUGGACAGUUUAUCUCAGAGAAAAAACUUGAACAAUGGUGAGCUCAACUCACACCUCCACCCAUGGUCCCAUUUUGUACCACGGCCUGGUGUGACCCAAAGCACAUUUACACUCUCCAGAAUAUCCCUAUCCAAGAAAAAAAUCCCCAUCACUGGCUAAGUACUAAUCUACUACUAAUCUAAUGGAGUAAGCUACUCACUGAGUGAAUACUAAUUCUGUGUAAUCCUUUUGAUAUCCUCUGUGACACAGGAAGAGAAAAGGGAAAAUUUCUAGAAAUAACGAAUUCAAAUCAAUAGAUUAAAUAUUUCUUCAUGAAUGCCCUUUUCUGCAGAUUGUUCUCCUGCUGACCCAGCUCCAUCUAGGAGGUACGAUCAGCAUUAAAGUGAGGUCAAGAGCAGGGAUGAUGUAGCUCAGGGCUCAGCAAACUCAGAAAGACACAGACGGUAUUACCUUCGGCCCUCUGUGCCACGUGGUCUGUAGCAGCGACUCAGAGCUGCUGUGCUGUGACAGGAAACCAGACACGUGACCACCCAGGAGCAGAGCUGGAUGUGACCCCCGGGCUCCAGGUUGCCAGCCCCUUGGGAAACACAGACAACACCAUGAAGACAAAGGCAGCUACCUGGUUCCUUUAAAAGCCUAAGUCAUUGUGGAAGACAGCCAAAGGCAACAUUUGGGGUAUGAAGAGUGCAUAUAUGGACCAUUUGCCGUUUGAGGCUUUUUCUACCUUUUCUGUUUUUGGAAAAAUUGUGAAAAAUGAGGAAAGGUCAGGGUAUCGAUCAGCAGCAGAAUACAUACUUAGCAUAUGUGAGACCCUGAAUUCAAUAUCCAGCAUUGAAAUAAAAAUAAAAAUCAUAAGGCCUGGCAUGGA